AUGUUUCGACACUUGUGUAAUGUUGCUGUUGGCUAUGGCGGCUCAAUGAAAAGCAGCAAGACGACGCUGCCUGUAAAUAUUGAGUCUUUGGAAGCCGCUUCAAACGUUUUCUCGCCUGUGAGAUUUGGUGGCCAGAAUUAUUUAAAGAAAAAGCUAUUCGACAAGGUGAGAGUGAACAGUCACACUAUAUUGCAAUACUCGGGAAGAGCAUCUGUUGUUGUUGGGAAAUCAACACCCGUAUUGGCCAAUGAAAAUUGCUAUCAUAUUUCUCGUCCACAAUUUUCAAAAAUUUGGGCGGGAUUUUUUCAUUUUUCAUUAUUUUUUUUAUUUGAAUUGUUUGUCAAUAAUUUCCUUGACCCAGCAAAAACCCCCAUAAAAAUCUGAAGUAAAUCGGUGUAUAAUUCAUUUUAAUUUAAUACGUCCUACACUACAGUAUAUUUCUAUGUAUGCCAGGGCUGACAUGAAAAAUAGAGGCAUUCGGGCGAGUAAUAUCUUUAGAAAGAUACAAUUUGAGUUGCGCUUGGGGAAUGCAGCAAUAAGAUAUAAAAAUACCUUUACCAAGGGAUACGAAGCAAACUUUACGGAAGAGAUAUUCAAAGUUGUAAAAGUAUUCAGAGGAGAUCCCAACAUUUACGAAAUAGAAAGUCAACACGGAGAACCGAUCAUUGGAAAGUUUUACAAAGAGGAACUAUCCGCUGUGGACAAAAAGGACGAUGUGUAUAGGGUGGAGAAAAUUCUGAGAAGAAGGAAGGGUAUGGUACUGGUCAAGUGGUUAGGAUACGAUAGUAAGCACAAUUCCUGGAUUCCAGAAGAAAAUAUUAAGGAUAUAAAAUAAAUGGGCGACAUUGAACUAGACGAAACAAAUCGCGUCGACGACCACGAAGCCGAAGAAGCCGGAACGGCGGAAGAAGAAACAAGUUUCAUCGACGACAACGGGAGACUGGACGAAAGUAUAUUAAUUCCCGUCGGAUUCAAUCCGGGCGUCGAUGGAUCAAGGCCCAGCGGUUCCACGCCGAACAUCAGGCGGGAUGCUGGGGUAAUGAAACGGGCCUAUACUCUGGAUAAAAAGGAUUUCCUCAAAAGGGAACUUGGGGUAAAUAUCAAUAAGGGUGACGGUCCAUCUUCCACCAUCAUAUUUGACAAAAUGAAACUGACCGUAAAUAAGGCCGGAACAAAAAUUAACGGUGCUACAUUCAGGGAUGUCAAGAUCAUUAUCUCGAAAAACGGCAGAAUGAUAUACUCCGCGGAUAAGAACAAGGAAUCCGUCGUAAACGAAUACAAAGAACUGAUCAGGAAAGCUAAAAUAGAGCAUUCAAAAACACCUGCAGCCCUAGUGGAGGAACAACUCGAACAACGGGACCUGGAUGCUCCUCAGGAACUUAUGGAUAACGUACUGGAAAAUAUCGUUGAAAGAAUGGAUGACGAACUGUUCAGUCAAAGCGAAGCUAUCGGUAAAGGUACGGUUAUAACGGAAAACGAACUAAGGGAACUGAGAGGUAUCCUGAACGUAAAAGGAAACUCAGGUAAACAAAAAAUUGAGUAUCUUGAAGUAGAAAAAAUCACUGGAAAGAACUGGCCGAAACCGAACGAACUGCAGGACGUGAACAGAAGGCUCUCCUGUACGAAGCAAUGGCAGACAUGGCAGAAUUGAAAGCGGAUGAAAUAAGGUUAAAAUCAAACGAACGACCAAAAGGACCGAAAGCCUUGUCCAUCGUGGAAGAGGAGGUAGAAAUAAACGAUCUUACGAGGUUCGAAAGAUUUAAGAAAUGGUCAAAGGAAAAUAGAGCCGGAAUAUCAGCCGUAGCAAUAUCUGUGGCCGGUAUCAUCAUCACGAUUAUUAUGGGGGUUAGAAACGUAGCAAAAACGGGAGCGAGAGCAACGAGCAAGUUCGCGAAAGCAAUGGCAAACCUGGCUGGAAAGGUUGGACCCGUACUAGCAUCCGUACUGAACCUCGUCGCUAAGGUUCUCUCAUGUGGAGCAAAGGGCAUUGCGUUCCUGGCGAAGAUUCUUUGGAUUUUAGCUCUGGCAUUAACCUACUUCUUGUAUAAUGAAUACAGAAGAAAAAAUAAAAACACAUAUAAUAAAACAUGGGAGAUAGAAAGGACUUUAUGA